AAAUUGGAUAACUGUACAAGUCGAUGAAAGAAAAAUGAAGGAACCUGAAUGUAAUUCUGUAUUUAUUUCAAGGCAACAAUUUGCAAGAAUACCUUCAAAUGAAGAAUUGUUUAGUUUAUAUCUAAGUGAAGAAGAAAUUUCCAAUGAGAAACAACUACCAUAUUCUCCUGAAUAUAUGAGAUUAACUUUAGAUUUACAAUGUGGUAAUCUCAUGUGUUAA